GUGCUGUACAUCUCAGAGUGACGAUCGUUGCGUGAAAUGGUUCAAAAUGGCUCAUAAUCGGGCAUUUUCACCGAAAGUCAUAUUGGAUAUUAGCCACGAUCACCAAGUGCAUCAUCAUCAUCAUUUGCCGGGGCAGAUGGGAUACACAGAUGCAGCCCUGCCACAGCCCAUCAAACUGGAAAUUGUGGAUUACGAAGGAUCUGAGGCCCACAGGGCUCCUCAGUAUCCUGACAAAGAGAACAACUACAUGGCCCUAUAUCCUGAGAAUCCCUGUGAAUACUCCUAUGGGAGAAGUGACAAUCCCGAUCUUACCAUUCCCACAAUCCUUCCGCCAAUUCCUGCACGAAAGCGUCGAGAGAGCUUUCAGGAGGAUCAUUUUGACUGCGACGACGAUAUGACCUUCAAACCCAAGAGAAGUCGCUUCGAAGAAGAUUCUGGACACUACCUUGAUCCUGGCUAUGAGCCCAGGUACUAUCCUCAUCCUGAAUACUACCAAACAGAAGCUCCAUUCACAAUGAAGACACUUAUGGAGGAAGAUAAACCUUCAUCUGGUGAUCCCUUCGAUCUUCCUGUCAGUUUUGAUGCUGAGGAUGAUAUAGAUGAGACUAAAUCAACGGAUAGCAAAGUCUCAUUGUGUGGCAGUGCCUCAUCCGCAGGCAGAAGAUCUCGAAAACCCAGAAGACGGAGAAAAGCAACCAAAGAGUCGAGCUUUGCAGAACUUCAGACCCAAAGAGUUAUGGCGAAUGUGAGGGAGCGCCAGAGGACGCAGAAUCUCAAUGAGGCUUUCACCUCACUGAGGAAGAUCAUUCCAACGAUGCCGAGUGAUAAACUCAGCAAAAUUCAGACCCUCAAGCUAGCAACAAAGUACAUUGAGUUCCUGUUUAAGAUUCUGUCCAACAAGGAGAUCUGCCUGCAGACGUUGGAGGAGAGAAUCAGACAAGGUAGCACCAGUAGCAGCCCCCAAUCCAACGAAGGCCUCAACACAGUGUUUAGUGGGGAAGGUGCCAAUAGUGGAGUGAUUGCUCAUGAAAAACUCAGUUUGAUGUUCAGUGUUUGGAGGAUGGACUGUGAUUGGAAUCACGGGAAGGGCUAGCGAUGCUCCAAAGAGUUUUUAUGUGCGUGAAAAAUGUGAUCAAGUGAUAAAUUUGAAGUGAAAAGAAGAACAGAAGGAAUUAGUGAGCAGGUAAUCAAGCAAUUUUCCAAAUGUGCCGUCGGGAAAUCACAAAAGAACCCAAAGAUAAAAGUGAAAGAUAAAAUGCAAAAAAGUAUUAUUAUAAUAAAAGUGUUGGAGAACUUUUUUUAUUUGAUAUUUUGUGCUAAAAAAAGUAAUCGUCUUUCACCAAAAACCAUUCCAAAUUUCAUAAGUCAUAGUAAUUAUGUUAGAAUUAGGAAUUCAGUGUAUGUAAAUGUAAAUUUCAAUUAGAAUUCAUUGUAAUAGAUAUGUUGCCUGAUUGAAAAUUGUAUAUACGUAUUCUUUUGAGGGAUUUAUCUGACUUAAAUCCGAAUUUUGAUUUAUUAAUUUAAAUUUCAUUACUUCUUUAGUUGCUAAUGGGAAACUUUUCACUAUUCUGAAUAAAACAGUAGAGGAGACCGGGGCAGUAUUAGCCAGCCAAUUAGGGUGGAGUAAGUACUUUUGGCCACUUAAAGGUUUUAUAAGCUUGUAAUUUUUAUAAUCUUUACCUAAAGAAAAUGAAAAUUUGUACAAAGAUACCUUAAAGCCGUUUCUUCCUAAUAAUCCAAGAGAAUUCCCAAAAUUUUUUGGAUAUUUUAGUGAAAAAUGCAUUUUAUGCAACUGUGCAUGUUUCGGUACUUUUGGCCAUUGUGUGUAAGCACUUUUGGCCACUUGUUUCCAAUUGAAUUUUAAUAAAAUAACAGAAGAAAUAGCUUUCGAAAAUUUUCACAAAUACACAGCACAAGUACUAUUCUUAUUUAACACCAAUUUAUGUGAUUAUUAGAGUAUUUUAAACGACUUUUUGCACAUUUUCUAUUUGAUGUAAAAAUCAGUCAAAAUAUCACGAUUGUUUUUACUGAAGUCCGCGAGGUACACCACAUGUAAAAUGUAUAUGAAAAAAUGAAUGGCCAAAAGUACUUACACAGCCGAAAAAAGUAACCUCUUUUAGCCACAUCCGAUUUUCAUUUAAUUUGUUAGAUAAUCUUAUUAAGGAUAAUAUCACAAUAAAAUUUAGUUAAUUAAGAAAUGGACUUUCAUUGAAUAACAUCAAAUAUUUUAUCAAAAAUAUGAAAUAAUUCAAAACAAUUUCUCUUAACAUUACCAAGUUUCUUAAGAAUCCCAUGUUUUUUUUAGUGAUUGCUUACCUUGUCGAGAAUUUCUAUCAAUAAUUUAGAAUUAAUCAAGUCGAUACAAAAUCAAAUAUAGUUUUUUGAUUCGUUAGAUUAGAGGUCACGAAAUGAAACCAAUUUUCCUGUUCUAAAUAAACUCAUAAUUGCCUUACAAUGUGAUUUUCUUUAGGUGGCCAAAAGAGCUUACAUGGUCAAAAGGGCUGACUCUACCCUAAGUCUUUGCCUAUCAGUUGUGAAAUAUUAUAUUGGAAUCAGGCUGAUAAAUAUUUUAAUAAAUAGGGAGAACGUUAAUUACUUUGAAUGAAUAAUACUUGCUCAAUAUUCCUCCUAAACAAAACUAUAUCACACCAUUGACUAAUCCUACCCCUGACUAAUCUGCUCCGGUCACCCCUAUUGUGAUCAAUUGUUAAAAAAUAAUUUAAAAGAUAUGUCUUCUAAAUACAGAGGUACACAAAAGUGACUAAAAAUAAUUCAAGAUUCUGUUUGACUAUUUGAAACCCUGAAAAUUAUCUUUACUGUUUUAAGUUAAGACUUUCCAGGAAAUUGCUAGAAAAAAUGAUAAAUUAUUACACAUUUACUUUGUCAGAUAAAUUCCUUCAUGAUUGUCUUGUAGAACCAGUAUGAAUGUAUAUAUAAAACUAAAAUAAAAUUUAAAAUACUUA